AUGCCUGCCGACUGGAAGAGCAUCGAGAGCAUUGAGCGUCUUGUCGCCGCCAUCAUCGCCUCGAACGGCGGUAAGGUCGACAACCAGGCCGUUGCCCGCUACUUCAACGAGACCUACGACGCCAUCGAGAACCGCACUCGCGUCUACAAGAAGGCCGCUCAGACUCUUGUCAAGGAGGCUGAGGAAGCUGGUCGUAUGGGCAUGAACAUGAAGAAGGGCGCUGGAGGCAAGAAGGUUACUGCUACUCCCAAGAAGGACACUGUCAAGACUGGCCGUGUCACCAAGCGCAAGACCCCUUCCAAGCUGAAGCGCGUCAACUCUGACGACGAGGACGAGGAUGAAGACAUGGGUAACGCUGGCACCACUGCCGGUGCUGCCGACGAGGAAGUCUAA